AUGCGUACCUCGCUGUUCCGCUCUGCGCUUGCGCGCGCCGUCCCUCCCGUCCCCGCCCGCCGCGUCCCUGCGUCGCCGCUCGUCCUCGCCAGGCCACGGGUGCUGGCUGCCGCGCGUGCUCCCGUGAGGAUGUUCUCCGCCUCGGCUCCUGCCCGUCACGAUGAGAUUGUUCGCCCUGCCCCUGGUACUGGCAUCAAGGUGACCUACGAGGACUCGAACGGGAAGGUGAUCAAGACGAUUGAGGGUAACGAGGGCGACAACCUCUUGUUGCUGGCCCACGAGCACGACAUUGACCUCGAGGGUGCAUGCGAGUGUUCGGUCGCCUGCUCAACAUGUCACGUCGUUGUCGAGCCCAAGUUCUUCGACAAGCUGCCCGAGGCAGACGACGAGGAGAACGACAUGCUCGACCUGGCCUUUGGCCUCGAGGACACCUCACGUCUAGGCUGCCAGGUCAAGCUCGCACCAGAGAUUGACGGUAUCAGGGUCAAGAUCCCCUCUGCCACGAGGAACAUGUAUGUUGACGGCUCUAAGGCUCGCACGCACUAG